AAUGUACUUUCAUUAUCGUUAUUUUGCCUUGCCAACACACAAGUUUGUUAGAAGGCGUCUACAGUUUUCUGAAGAUAUCCUUCAUACAGAAUAAAGCAUGCCAAAGAAAGUUGUUCCGCCGAUUUUGAAUCCGCAAAUUGACUCAUCAGAUGAUGAGGAUGACGAUGCUCCCGAGGAAGUUAGUGUUUCCUCGUCUCGACAGCAAAAGGAGUCUCAGGAGAAAAAGAUCAAAGAGUCAGAGAAAGUGAAGAAGCAGGAGGAGAAAGAAAAGAGGAGGAAAAAGAAUGAGCUGUUUAAUCUACAAAAGCAAAAGAAACUGGAAGACCUGAGCAAAAGGAAGCUGCCCCAAGAUGUGCUGGAUGCUGUCUCUGCGAGUACGUCAAAGAAAACCAAACUGGAGAAUAAAGGAGAGACCACAACACAAGAUGAUGGGGAAGAUGGCAAUGCUGAUGAUGACAGAGACUCUGCCGAGGAUCGGCUGUCGGAUAGCGGGCUGGAAAAUGAUGAUGAAGUCGGAGACGACGACGACGACUUUCUUUCUCUCAGCAAACCACAAGGUAUUGCCGUCAUGACUCACAAAGCACUGGAGGAGAAAAAAAUGACCUCCACAGAGCGAGCCCUUCAGUUCCGCCAGGACCGUCUCUACAACCAGAGCGCAAUACCGAGGGAAUCUUAUAAACAGAGACAAGCAAAGGCCCAGAAGCAGAAAGCUUUCAAAAUGCGGUGAUUUCAGGAAUGUUUUGUGUUACAAUAAAAACAAUAAAAUAUGAAGAUGGAAUCAUCAA